CCUCAACAUAUCCCCCCCCCCAAAUAACCAUGGUGCCACGUCUCCCUGGAGGGCUACUCCAGCUCUCCCAGUCCCUCUGGGACGCCCAAUUGAUCCUGCCCCAUGUCUCUGUACGAAACUUUGGCAUUCGAUCCCUCAAUCCCCCCAAGCCCAGUCGCUUCAACAACCACCCCGACCUGCCCAUCCUCGAAUCCACCUCCACCGCCGCUCUUGCUCGCAAAGCCAACUCGCUCCCCCUUCGGACCGGUGCGAUCGGAAUCAAGAAGGGCAUGACGGCUAUCUUCGACUCUGAAUCCGGCAAGCGCAUCCCCUGCACCGUUCUGCAGCUCGACCGCGUCGAGGUCGUCUCCCACAAGACUCGUCAACAGCAUGGUUAUUAUGCCGUUCAGGUCGGUGCGGGCUGGAAACACCCUCGCAACGUGAACAACUCACUGCUCGGUCACUUCUCCGCCAACGGCAUCUCGCCGAAGCGUCACGUCUUCGAGUUCCGCGUCAAGGAUGAGGCUGGUCUUCUCCCCGUUGGCAAGAGCAUUCAGGCCAAUUGGUUCCAGGAGGGUCAGUAUGUGGAUGCUCGGUCCAACACGAAGGGUAAGGGUUUCGCCGGUGUCAUGAAGCGUCAUGGCUUCCAUGGUCAGGAUCGGAGUCACGGUGUGAGUUUGACGCAUCGUUCGAUGGGUUCUGCGGGUCCCAGUCAGGGUGGUGGUUCUCGUGUGUACCCCGGCAAGAAGAUGGCUGGAAGAAUGGGUAACAUACAGAAUACCGUUCAGAAUCUCAAGAUUCUGAAGGUGGACGCUGAGUCUGGAAUUGUGGUUGUGAGCGGCGCUGUCAGCGGUCCCAAGGGUUGCGUUGUUCGGAUCCAGGAUGCCAUCAAGAAGCCCUGGCCCGAGGUUGCCUCGACGGAGACCGCGUCCGAGGCUGCGACUGCUGCUUGAUCGGUGACCGAGACCCGGUGGUUGACUUGAGGGGACGCAUUGUACUACUACUACACUAUUCACGCAGAAUCGUGUUCACUUUGAGCGGCGUUUGUAUAUGAUACAUUAAAUGAUAUCCUUUUUUUCUUCAAAGUUCUUCUCUGCCCCCAUGUUCGAAGGAUGUCCCCGCCAACUCGGAUUGCCGCAUACAAUCAGUAUUCCGUAAAUGAUUUGUCCUCCAAACGCCAUGUCCCAUGCACGAGCAGUUCUAUUUGUACAAAAUGGCGCCUUUCCAUCUCCAUCCGGCUCUUCUAUCGUACCCGCUUACUCUUGGCGGAACGGAUCGGUGUCGCUAUCCAGCAGCUGCACCACGGUUCCAUCCUCGGUCUCCAGACUCCAUACUUCGGUGCGGAA